AUGCAUAGAAUCCGCGCUUUGUUCAGACGAGCAUUCACGCCGACCAAUGGAAGCAUCAACGUGACUUUAAGCGGCAACGACGCUGUAUGCGCGCCACAGAAGAAGCUAGCUUUUCGGCGGCUGGUGUGUGACCGCCUUUCGCUCUCGUCGUAUUCGCUUCUCGAUGACGACUUCAGACGCCUUUCCAGGUAUAACUGUAGUGUUUUGACGACCAAUAAAUUUGUUUUUACCGGGCUUAGUGCCUUCCUCGUGGUACCUGGAGGAUUUGCUCUGCUCACAACGCCGUCUGAAGUCUCUUAUGACCUGACUUCACAUCAAUUCAAGCUCAGCAGUGCGACACUGUCAUGGCUCUCUGCAACAGCGCUGACGUUUUACCUAACGCGAUACCACAAGCCUCAAAUCUGUUUUAGCAUUGGCGUAACACUUGUUGGACUACUUGGGUCCUGGGGUAGUCUCAUCGCGGAACUAUAUUCCGAAUUCGGUUGUUAUUGCGGUCUUUUAACGAGCUAUAUGCUGUUUGGGGUGGCAGUAUGCCCCUAUCGGCUUAGACCUCUACGCCUCACAGGUAAUGAAACUUUGUCUCAGUUCAUUUUAUUUACCGGGCUUCGAGUAUUUAAUCACGAUCCCGGAAGUGCGCUCGGCCCUGGCGGCUCACGUAGCACCCCGCUCAUGCCAGUGUGUGUUGCCAAACCGAUAUUCUGGACAGCCGGUCUCAAUACGUUGCUUCUGUUGUUGACUGCGUGGCGGAGGUAUUAUGUAAAGGAGAAGCUGGCCACUUCCAAGCCGGAGGAUAUCAUAAGACGGUACGAAGCAACCCACGGACGACCUGAUUGA